AUGCCCGCACACUCACAAGAACUUACUCCCUGGGGAAAGGCACUGGCAGGUGCUACCGGUGCUGUCAUUGCAAACGUCAUAGUAUAUCCUCUCGACAUAGUAAAGACCAGACUUCAGGUUCAAAUUAAGCCCCAGAAAAAGACAAAGCAAGGCGAAGAAGACAUAGAGGCUCAAGAAGAAAAGACACAAGAAGAACAUUAUACAGGCGCACUCGAUGUGAUUCAAAAGAUUUACGCUAAGAAGGGCGUUCUCGGACUUUACUCUGGACUCGCUGGAACAAUUCUCGGCGUCGCUUCAACCAACUUUGCCUACUUUUAUUGGUACGGCCUGAUCCGCAACACUUACACCUCUAAGCGCGAAUUGCGUGCGCGGGCUCGCGGCGAGCCUGCUCCUGGCGAUCUCUCCACUGCCGUUGAGCUCGCUCUCGGUGCACUUGCAGGUGCACUUGCCCAGCUCUUUACUAUCCCUAUUUCCGUGGUCACCACGCGCCAGCAAACUUCGACGCAACCUGAGUCACUCGUCCAAACAGCGCGCAGCGUUGUUGCCCAAGACGGUGUCUCUGGUCUUUGGCGCGGUCUCAAGGCUUCUCUUGUCCUCGUCAUCAACCCCUCCAUCACUUACGGCUCCUACGAGCGUCUCAAAAACCUGCUGUUCCACGGUAAAUCCCACCUUAAGCCUGGUGAGAACUUCCUCCUCGGUGCUCUCUCCAAGUCUAUGGCCACCAUUGCCACUCAACCCUUAAUCAUCUCUAAAGUCAUGCAACAAUCUGGUGGCGGCGGAAAGAACAAGGAUGACAAGAAGUUUAAUAGCUUUGUCGAUGCGCUGGUAUACCUUGCUAAGAAUGAAGGUCUUGCCGGUCUCUUCAAGGGCAUUGGCCCACAAAUCACAAAGGGAAUUUUGGUCCAGGGCCUGCUCUUUAUGUUCAAGGACCAGGUUGAGCUGCUCAUUGUGCUCCUCAUUCGUCUUGUUCGCAAGCGUCGUGUCAUUGCUCUGCCAGCCUAA